AUGGACGACCGCGAGCGACCCCACAGCGACGACCGGGAACACAUCCCCGUCGACGACCGAGCUGACCGCCCACCCCGAUCUGCUGAAGAAAGGGACAGGGCGAGAUCGCGUUCCCCGGCUGCAAGGUCGCCCAACCGUGGUGGUUCUCCUCGCCGUGGUGGUUCCCCGCCCCCGCGCAGCUACGACGAUAGGAGGGAUGACGGUAGAAGGGAACGUUCCGACCGUGGUGACGACGGUGAAGUCAACCCCGGCAGUAACCUUUACGUUGCCAAUCUCAGUCUGCGCACACGUGAGAGGGACCUUGAGAAGCUUUUCCAAGAGUACGGCAAGGUCUCCAAGACCGAAGUCAUGUACGACCCUCACAGCAAGGAAUCCCGCGGUUUCGCUUUUGUCUGUUUUGCCAACGCUCAGGAUGCCGACAACGCUCGUGCCGCUUUGAGCGGGAAGGUCGAGCUCGACGGAAAAGUGAUCACUGUCGAAUUGGCCAAGCGUGGUAGCGCCCGGACCCCUACCCCAGGCCGUUACUACGGACCUCCCUACCGACACGACGACAGGGACCGCCGUGGCGGAGGUGACAGGUACAGGUCCGACCGCUACGACGACCGUCGAGGAGGAGGCGACCGAUUCCGCUCCGAUAGGUACGACGACCGUCGCCGCGACCGCUACGACGACCGCGGUGCCGACCGAUACAGGUCCGACCGCUACGACGACCGGCGCGACCGGGACCGCCGCUACUAA